AUCCCAAAACAGAGGCUAGUUUUCUAUUUAUUUCAUAUAAAAAAUAUCUCUCGUAUAAUGUGCACUGCUAAAUCCAUUAACAAUUAAUACGUUCAUAGCCAGCAAGACGCACUUUCUUUAACUUUUGUCUUCAUCGGAAAAAGUAACGAUGGUUGGUAGUUGUAGCAGCUGCAAAUCUGGCACUACGCUUCAGUGGGCCCCGGGCCACCCUACUUUCAUUAGCAGAGUUCAGAUAAUUGGCCGGAAUGAACCUGUUGUGCAGGUGUUGAGCAGUGCUGGUAGUGAUUGGACAAAGGAUUUUGGGACUGGGAUUAGGAUUAGGAAGAGAAGAUAUAUUACGGCCGUAAGUGGUAGUGGUGGUGGUAGAAGGAUGCGGACGACUGUAAAUGCAGCGGCGACGGAGACUUUGCAAAAGGGGAUAGCGGAGUUUUACGAUGAAUCGUCGGGAAUAUGGGAAAAUAUAUGGGGAGACCAUAUGCACCAUGGAUUCUACGAGCCGGAUUCUUCCGUUUCCCUCUCCGACCACCGCUCCGCUCAAAUCCGCAUGAUCGAGGAGGCGCUCCGCUUCGCUUCCGUUUCUGACGAUCCAAUGCAGAAACCAGGACAAAUAGUUGAUGUGGGUUGUGGUAUAGGAGGUAGUUCAAGGUACUUGGCGAGGAAAUAUGAGGCGAGAUCUCAAGGAAUCACUCUAAGCCCUGUGCAAGCACAGAGGGCGCAAGCUCUUGCUGCUGCUCAAGGAUUAGACGACAAGGUUUCCUUCCAAGUAGCCGAUGCAUUGAAUCAACCAUUUCAGGAUGGGCAAUUUGAUUUGGUUUGGUCCAUGGAGAGUGGAGAACACAUGCCAGACAAAUCAAAGUUUGUCAAUGAACUGGCUCGAGUGGCAGCUCCAGGUGGGACGAUAAUUAUAGUUACGUGGUGUCAUAGGAAUCUCUCCCCUACUGAAGAAUCAUUGCGUCCAGAGGAGAAAGAGCUGUUAAACAAGAUAUGUGACGCUUUUUAUCUUCCUGCAUGGUGUUCUACAGCAGAUUAUGUAAAAUUACUUGAAUCCCUCUCUCUUCAGGAUAUUAAAGCUGCAGACUGGUCUGCGUAUGUUGCCCCGUUUUGGCCAGCAGUAAUAAAGUCAGCGUUGACAUGGAAAGGAAUCGCCUCAUUGUUAAGAAGUGGAUGGAAGACGAUUAAAGGAGCACUGGCCAUGCCAUUCAUGAUCGAAGGAUACAAGAAGGGUCUUAUCAAAUUCGCUAUCAUUACAUGUCGGAAGCCUGUGUCAUGAGGUUGAUAUCAAGUUUUCUGAAAAAUUAUCUAUACUUUUAUUUGAAGAAAAUAAUUUGAUUUGUCCAAUUCUGAUAGUGGAUUUCUUUAGAAAUUAAACAAGCUCCUGUAAUUGAAUGUUGAACAAUUCAAAGUAUAAUGGCAAAUCAUUCACCUCAAUUUUUCA